AUGUUGGCGGUGGAGGGAGGGGUACAGGUAAGCGACACGGAAGUACUUCGACGUCCAACGCGUAUCCGAUGUAGAGUAGAAGACCGGGCCGUGAGGAGACGUACAAAGGGAUUUGGUACAAUGGGACCAAAGCCCAAUACACAAGCCAGAGAGAGUCCGAUAGGCGACGAGGACAUCGGCUCGCCGGCUCCGGUCCGAUUUGGUUUCUGGCGCCAGACGGAGCCUGAGGAGGCCACAGCCGGUGGGGAGUUCCUCCUUAUCACCGUCCUCUGGUUCCAAGCAUUCAAUAGCAUCCCAAUUGAGAUCAAAGCAUUCAGAGGACCGGAGCCACCCCAGCCAGAGGGAGAGGUUGGCAAGGCCGGCUAA